AGAUUGCGAUGCGGCGAAGUGUGGUUGCGCGAAAAAAUUUCUUGACGUCGCAAAUAUCUACAAUAACUUGCAAUAAAUGCUUUAAAACGCAGUCAAACAGCACGCAAAACAGUGACAAACGCUGAACGUACAUGGCGUAAUAGCUAAAGUAUUGAAAAUCCGCAGCAGCAGUUCAAAGCAGCGCUGCUAAUUUAUAUUACCUGACGACGACUUCACACACACUCCCACACACAUAUAUACACACAAACGCACAAAUUGCCCUCCGCCCCCUGCUACCCGCGCACACAUCGAUGAAAUAACAUACAUAACGUAUACCGAAAAUACAUAAACUUACGCUAAAAUAACGGAGCCAGCAGUAGCAAUCGUAGCGGACACAGGUAAACAGAUAAGAAAACAGACGGAGCCACAUACAUAGGUACAGGUAUCAGCUCCCGCAGCAGCAGCAGCAACAACAACAACAGCAGCAACAGUAGCAGUAGCAGUGUGGAGGAGAGUCGCAGUAAAACAUGUCCGACAUCAUGAAUAUUGACAGCAUUAUCUCGCGUCUUCUAGAAGUUCGUGGUGCACGUCCAGGCAAAAAUGUGCAGUUAUCGGAGAGCGAAAUACGGAGUUUAUGCUUGAAAUCGCGUGAAAUAUUCCUAUCACAGCCCAUACUAUUGGAACUGGAGGCUCCGCUCAAGAUAUGCGGUGACAUACACGGACAAUAUUACGAUCUAUUGCGUCUGUUUGAAUACGGUGGUUUCCCGCCCGAAUCGAAUUAUCUAUUUCUUGGCGAUUAUGUGGAUCGUGGCAAACAAUCUCUGGAGACGAUAUGCCUCUUGUUGGCCUAUAAAAUCAAAUAUUCAGAGAAUUUUUUUUUGCUGCGCGGCAAUCACGAAUGCGCCAGCAUUAAUCGCAUCUACGGGUUCUAUGAUGAAUGCAAGCGACGCUAUACCAUAAAGCUGUGGAAAACAUUUACGGAUUGCUUUAACUGCCUGCCCGUGGCGGCAAUUGUGGAUGAAAAAAUAUUUUGCUGCCACGGCGGCCUGAGUCCCGAUUUGUCCUCAAUGGAACAAAUCCGACGCAUUAUGAGGCCAACGGACGUGCCGGAUCAGGGCCUGCUUUGCGAUCUCUUGUGGUCGGACCCCGACAAGGAUACCAUGGGCUGGGGCGAAAAUGAUCGCGGUGUAAGCUUCACGUUUGGAGCAGAGGUUGUGGGCAAAUUUCUACAGAAGCAUGAAUUCGACCUAAUAUGUCGUGCACAUCAAGUUGUGGAGGAUGGUUACGAGUUCUUUGCCAAGCGCCAGCUGGUUACGCUCUUCUCGGCGCCCAACUAUUGCGGUGAAUUUGACAAUGCGGGUGCCAUGAUGUCCGUAGAUGACACAUUGAUGUGCUCCUUUCAGAUAUUGAAACCCGCCGAUAAACGACGAUUUGUUUAUCCAAACUUUGGCAGCUCAGGGCGUCCGCUAACACCGCCUCGCGGCGCAAACAACAAGAAUAAGAAAAAAUAAACGCUACACAAAAAACAGCAACAAUAAUUUACAUCUACAAAAAACAGCAACAAAAACGGCCACACAAAAAACCAAUUUAAAACGCAAAAAUGUUUGUUUUUAUCGAAUAUGUGUAAUCGAAUCGUGAGCAACGUUAUAAGGAUAUAAAAAAUUAUUUUCAUUUGAAAAGUACUACAAACCAACACCCCCAUACACACACAUACACAAAUUGAGACACUUUAGUUCAAACUAAUUGUAGUGUUAAACACUGCAUAAGCAAGAAUAUCUCUUAAUGUAUUAAUUUUGUUUUGUUAUAGUUUUUCCUUGCGCAAUGCGAACACAAAACCGAAACACACACACGCACACACACACAGAAACGUACAGUAGGUAUGAAAAGUGCACACACACCAGUUGUAUUUAUUGCAUAUUUAUCUCGCACAGCAUUUUUCGGUUCUUUGCAUAGCACAACAACCAAGCAUAGGAUUCUUUCCUUUAUAUUGUAAUAUUUUUUUAAUAUAGCAAAUGGUAAAAUGUUAUUUUUUAUAAUUAUUUUGAAUUUUAAUCAACACUUUUGAUAUGUGUGUGAGUUGAAAACAUAUGCAUUGCAAAAGUAUGUACGUAUUUUUAGCGCGAUAUAUAUAUACUUAAUAUAUAUAUAUAUAUAUAUAUAUAUAUCAUUUUUUAAACUAUUACUCAUCAUUAAAAUUCUACUACAUGUUUACUUAGUUUUAAAGCAAGCAAAUUUAGCUCGAAAGUACAUAAGUUUGAAUUGUUUACACCAAAAAUAUUAAAAUAAACAAAAAUGUGUAUAUUUUUAAAUUGUAUGCGUUGACGAUUAAAUAUGUAACACACAAAACGUGCAUACGAAGAAAAUUACAAAUGAAAUCUACAAAAAUAAAAAAAAACUACAAUAACUAUACUUAAAUUAACAAUAAAAUCAAUUGCAAAAGGCAAUUUUGUUUAACAAAGCAAAAAUACAAUGAAUUGCUAAACAAGGCAACACAAAUUUCUAUCCAAAAGCUGAACAGCUCCUUGAGAGCAGCAUACUUUUGAGUGGCACUGUGUGCCCUCUGCUGACGUCAGCGACGCGGCAGAUAAGGUUACAAGCAGGAACUACGAUUUAAAAAAAAUUAUAUAUGCAUAUAGAAAUAUAUAUAUAACUAUAUGAAUAUGUGAAUGUAUUAAAUAAAAUUGUAAACAUGUGAAUCACACAAACAGAUA